AAUCUGCCUUUCUACCUUUUAGAUUCCUGGUUAUCUUCUUGAAAAAACGGGAAGCAAUUCACUCAAGCGCAAAACCAACAACUUCUAGCAGGGCAGCACAGCAGCGAGAGGUUCCUUGAUCCCUUCACACCCCUGAGCUGAGACCCCGAGACUUGCUUGGUACAGAGCCGCAAUGCGGUUCUCCGGCCUCUCCGGCGCUAUCGCCAUAGCCCCCGGCCUCGGGCUCUUCAGUGCGGUAUCGGCCGCUCUGCUCCACGUCACAUCAUACGCCGGGACUCUUACGACGCUUAAUCUUGCCCUGAGCGGAACCAAAGGCCUGCAGACGCUCACGACUUCCACCGAAUGCGGUACUCAGCCCUCGUGGCUGACGCUACGCGGCCCUGUCUUGUACUGCGCCAACGAGGCUUUUGGCAAGGACAACGGCACCUUGGCCUCUUUCUCCGUCUCCCAGAACGGGACCCUGGCGCUGCUGGACAAGGUCGACACCAUUGGAGGACCCGUGAAUGCCGUCGUGUAUGGCAAAGGUCGCCGAGGAUUGGCCGUGGCCGACUAUGCGGGUGCCGGCCUGAACACGUUCAACAUCACAAACCCGAAGGCACUCGCCCCCGUCCAGGCUGACGUAUUCACGCUUCCCCACCCUGGCAUCAACCCUUCACGCCAGGAGAGGCCGCACCCCCAUCAAGCCAUCCUCGACCCCAGUGGCAAGUUUCUCCUUGUGCCGGAUCUAGGCUCCGAUCUGGUCCGCGUCUUCGCCCUCAAUGUCACCACCUUGCGUUAUAAGCAGUCGGAUCCCCUUGUUUCAGCUCCCGGCAGUGGGCCUAGGCACGGCACAUUUCUUGUAUCUGGAAACAAUGUUUUUCUCUACGUUGUCCACGAACUGGCCAACACAAUUGUAGGAUAUACCGUAAACUACACCACCAAAGGUCUUGCCUUUGCCCAGGUAUACAUCAGCAACACUCACGGCCUGGGCGAGACGCCCGCAAUAAGCGGGGCCACUGCUGGCGAGAUUGCCAUAUCGCCUGACUCCAGGUUCCUGAUAAUCUCUUCCCGUGGCGAGGGUACGCUGUCGGUUCCCAACUUUGACCCCAGCAACACCACCCAGCUCCCCUCUGAUCCGCUCAUCACCUUCUCCAUUGACCCCAAGACGGGCGCCCUGGCACAUGUCCAGACGUUUGCCGCCGGUGGCAUGGUGCCCCGCCACUUCUCCCUCAAUAAGGCAGGCUCUCUGGUCGGCGUCGCACUACAGGGCAGCGAGCGUGCGGUGGUCAUCAGCCGCGAUCCCGCGACAGGCCUGCUCAAGGAUUUUGUGGCUAGUGUCACCAUUGCAGGCGAGGUCAACAACGUGAUAUUCAACGAGUAAUUAGGAUCAACGGUGGGACAAAAGUUUGUCAUUUCUGCCCGGUCCGUUAACAUAUACCCCUUUUUUUUCUCACGAUGGUUCGCGAAAUAGACUUGAACUUAUUAGGUUCCUAAAGAAGGAUUGGGUACAUAACUUGCUGGACUCUCGUGUGACUAUAAUUCCGCUAGGUUGGUCUCGAUAAGAGAGUUUGCUUGCUCCACCGUUUGAUGUGUGCGGCCACCAAUUUACGCCCGUCAAGAAAAUCGCAGCAAGUUUGACUCAUAUGUUUUGCCUUAUACGAA